AUGUGUUUUCCCACCGUCCAAGACUUUCGCCUGGCUCUUAUUCAGCUUCAUGUAUCUGCUGCUAAAUCAGAUAACCUUCAGCGGGCCUGUGGACUGGUGAGAGAAGCAUCAGCUAAAGGAGCAAAAGUUGUGGCUCUACCUGAAUGUUUUAAUUGUCCGUAUGGAACCCAAUACUUCAAGGAGUAUGCAGAGAAGAUCCCUGGGGAACUGACUCAAAAGCUCUCAGAAAUUGCAAAGGAGUGCAGCAUAUAUCUCAUUGGAGGAUCUAUUCCAGAAGAGGAUGGUGGAAAGCUGUAUAAUACAUGUACUGUCUUUGGACCUGAUGGUGCUAUGUUGGCAAAGCACAGGAAGGUUCAUUUGUUUGACAUUAAUAUUCCUGGGAAGAUACAGUUCAGAGAAUCUGAAACACUGAGUCCAGGGAAUAGUUUCUCCAUGUUUGAUACUCCAUACUGUAAAGUGGGCUUGGGCAUCUGCUAUGAUAUCAGAUUUGCUGAGAUGGCUCAAAUCUACGGACAGAAAGGUUGCCAGCUGCUGAUAUAUCCAGGGGCUUUUAACCUGACAACAGGACCAGCUCAUUGGGAACUGCUACAAAGGGGACGAGCUGUUGAUAAUCAAGUCUAUGUAGCUACUGUAUCUCCUGCUAGAGAUGAAAAAGCAUCCUAUGUUGCCUGGGGACACAGCACAGUAGUAAAUCCAUGGGGUGAAGUCAUAGCCAAAGCUGGGGCUGAGGAAACGGUUACAUAUGCAGAUAUAGAUCUGAAGAAACUCACAGAAAUACGUCAACAAAUUCCUAUUUUAAGCCAGAAGCGUCGUGAUCUCUACAGCAUAGAGAUGAAACAGUGAAGCUGGGUGAACAGGGACGGUUCAGCUGGCACAAUGGCUGCUGCUUUUAUCUUUGGAAGGAUUCCCUUACUAGUUGCUCCACAAUCUACUGCUAA